UGUAGCCAUUUGUAUGGGUGGUUUUAUCAAUCAAGUGUGUGGGACCCCUCGUUUGAGUCAAACCGUUCAGUGCGUGACUGCGCCUACGGUAAAUACAGCGAUAUAAUUCUUAAGCAACAGACAUACGCAAUUGAAAGAGAUGAUCGAUUACAUGUUUAUAGAGGAUAACUCUCGCAUAAAAUAAAAAUUACUUCCCCCUCCGUUAUAUUUCCAGCGUCAUAUCCCUCGCCGCUGGAGGAAUGUCGAGACCGAAUGAUUUAAAAAUAGCAUCAUCUCUCCUCUGACAGCCUUCUCUAGUGACUCCCUUAGCAUUGUGGUGCGAGAAGCAGGAAUGCGAAGAUGGCUGCAGAUUUAGGAGAGCUGCUUGUCCCUUAUAUGCCCACCAUCAGAGUUCCCAGAACAGGAGACAGGGUUUUCAAGAGCGAAUGUGCCUUUUCCUACGAUUCUCCCGAGUCUGAGGGAGGAUUGUAUGUGUGUAUGAACACAUUCCUGGGCUUUGGCAGAGAACAUGUGGAAAGACAUUACCGUAAAACCGGACAGAGUGUUUACAUGCUCCUAAAACGGCAUGUCAAAGAGAAAGCCACAGGUUCCGCAGGAGGCGCCAUCUCCAGAAGAAGAAAUGGCAGAGUGUUCCUGGAUUUAGAACUAAACCGUGAUUUUAACGGGGAUGAGUAUGAGUGUGAAGACGAGGCCAAGCUCGUCAUAUUCCCAGACCACUUCGAGAUCCCCUUACCAAAUAUUGAGGAGUUGCCUGCACUGGUGACAAUAGCCUGUGAUGCCGUGCUCAACGCUGCGUCAGCCUACAAAAAGCAGGAGUCUGACUCCUGGGACGAGGAGAUCCAGGUGUCCAAACAUGCCAGGAGUCUCCGACAGCAGGACAACGGAGUGAGAAUUCCACCCAGUGGUUGGAAAUGUCAGAAGUGUGAGAUGAGAGAGAACCUGUGGCUGAACCUGACGGACGGAGCGGUGCUUUGUGGGAAGUGGUUCUUCGACGGUGCUGGAGGAAACGGCCAUGCCCUGGACCACUACAAAGACACCAACUUCCCCCUGGCAGUCAAACUGGACAACAUCACCGCAGAUGGAGCAGAUAUAUAUUCAUUUGAUGAAGAAGAAGCAGUCCUGGACCCUCACAUAUCCGAACACUUGCAACACUUUGGAAUAGACAUGCUACAGAUGCAGCAGAAUGGAACAGAAAAUGGCCACCUCAACACAGACAACACAGAGAGCGUUCGGCCUCGGGUCAGCGAGUGGGAGGUGAUCCAGGAGUCAGGCAUGAAGCUGAAGGCGGUGUAUGGCUCAGGUUUCACAGGCAUUAAGAACUUGGGUAACAGCUGCUACCUGGGCACCACCAUGCAGGUCCUUUUCAGCAUCCCAGAGUUCCAGAGGGCGUAUGUUGGAAAUCUACAGAGGAUCUAUGACUACUCACCUCUUGACCCCACCACGGAUUUCAGCACACAAAUGGCUAAACUGGGCCACGGACUUCUCUCAGGCCUGUACUCCAAACCACCAAUGAAAUCCGAGCUCAUUGAACAGGUGAUGAGAGAAGAAUACAAGCACCAGUCGAAGGGCAUCUCUCCCAAGAUGUUCAAAGCCAUGGUCAGCAAGGGCCACCCUGAGUUCUCCUCCAACAGACAGCAAGACGCACACGAGUUCUUCCUGCACCUCAUCAACCUGGUCGAGAGAAACAGUGCUGGCUCAGAGAACCCCAGCGAUGUCUUCCGCUACCUGGUGGAGGAGCGUGUGCAGUGCUGCCAGACGCAGAAGGUGUGCUACAACCAGAAGGUGGACUACCUGAUGCAGCUCCCGGCCCCCAUGGAGGCUGCCUCCAACAGAGAGGAGCUGAUAGCGUAUGAGGCCAAGCGAAGAGAGGCAGAGGAGAACAUGAGAGCCCCUCCAGAGCCUUUGAGGGCCCGGAUCCCCUUCACAGCGUGCCUGCAGGCCUUCACAGAGCCAGAGAACGUCCCCGACUUCUGGAGCUCAGCACUGCAGGCCAAGUCAGCUGGAGUCAAGACUUCUCGUUUCGCCUCCUUCCCAGAGUACCUGGUAGUGCAGAUUAAGAAAUUCACAUUUGGGGUUGACUGGGUUCCAAAGAAAUUAGAUCUGUCCAUAGACGUACCAGACUUCCUGGAUCUGUCUCGACUCCGGGGCACAGGGCUGCAGGCAGGAGAGGAAGAGCUCCCUGACCUCACCCCCCCCAUCGUCCUGCCUGAAGACACCAGAGAUGACUCAAUGAACUCCUCAGAUUCCCCAGAUAUAGAUGAGUCGGCGGCUAUGCAGCUGGCGGAGAUGGGCUUCCCUCUAGAGGCCUGUCGGAAGGCCGUUUACUACACAGGGAACAUGGGCCCUGAAAUGGCCUUCAACUGGAUCAUAGCCCACAUGGAGGAGCCUGACUUUGCUGAGCCCCUGGCCCUGCCUUCCUUCAUGGAGCCAGGCCCCUCCAUGGCCAGCCUGGGCCUGGCUGCCACCCCCCUGGACAACCAGCCUCCGGAGGAGAGCAUCGCCAUCCUCACGUCCAUGGGCUUCCCCCGCCGCCACACCGUCCAAGCCCUCAAAGCCACGAACAACAACUUGGAGAGGGCUCUGGACUGGAUCUUCACCCAUCCGGAGAGGGAGGAGGAGGAGGAGGCUACCGACGACCUUUUGGACAUGUCUGACAUCAUGGAGCCCAACGACAACACCUUCUCCAACGCAAACACGAACAGCCACUCCACGCUGUCCCCAGACCAGGAUGCCUCGGGCCCCCGGAUCAAAGACGGACCCGGACGUUAUGAGCUUUUUGCUUUCAUCAGCCACAUGGGAGCGUCCACGAUGUCUGGUCGUUAUGUAUGUCAUAUCAAAAAGGAAGGAAGAUGGGUGAUCUUCAAUGACCAUAAAGUGUGUUUGUCAGAAAGGCCUCCAAAAGACUUGGGCUACAUCUACUUUUACCGUCGGCUGUCUAGCUGCUAGACCUAGCCCCCCCUCCUUGACCGUCAGCUGUCUAGCUGCUAGACCUAGCCCCCCCUCCUUGACCGUCAGCUGUCUAGCUGCUAGACCUAGCCCCCCCUCCUUGACCGUCAGCUGUCUAGCUGCUAGACCUAGCCCCCCCUCCUUGACCGUCAGCUGUCUAGCUGCUAGACCUAGCCCCCCCUCCUUGACCGUCAGCUGUCUAGCUGCUAGACCUAGCCCCCCUCCUUGACCGUCAGCUGUCUAGCUGCUAGACCUAGCCCCCCCUCCUUGACCGUCAGCUGUCUAGCUGCUAGACCUAGCCCCCCCCUCCUUGACCGUCAGCUGUCUAGCUGCUAGACCUAGCCCCCCCUCCUUGACCGUCAGCUGUCUAGCUGCUAGACCUAGCCCCCCCUCCUUGACCGACAGCUGUCUAGCUGCUAGACCUAGCCCCCCUCCUUGACCGUCAGCUGUCUAGCUGCUAGACCUAGCCCCCCCUCCUUGACCGUCAGCUGUCUAGCUGCUAGACCUAGCCCCCCCUCCUUGACCGUCAGCUGUCUAGCUGCUAGACCUAGCCCCCCCUCCUUGACCGUCAGCUGUCUAGCUGCUAGACCUAGCCCCCCCCUUGGCCGUCAGCUGUCUAGCUGUUAGGACCCCCUCCACUCCACCCUCCAACCUUAGAGAACUACAGGCUGGAAAACAGAGGACAACCAUGACAUCAGUGGAAACCAUGGAAACACCUCAGACCAGCCAUGAAACGAGAGGACCCACUCAACUCAUCCAAGUCACUCAAGAGCAACAGGAAAAUGCUUCCAUACUCAAGUGUGGUCAAAAAAAAGGGAAAGCAAUGUUUUUUUUUUUUGUAUGUCACUGUGAAAAUCAUGUGCUUUUGUGUAUUGAAACGUGUUAUUUUGUCUACGUUGUCGGUACAGAGGGAUGUGUGCAAUGUUUGUUAUUGGAGUGCUCUACACUUAUAGUAUUAGCCUAUCAGAUCUUGCUAUUCAUUUUCUAUGCCUUCAGCUACUGUGGCAGUAUUUUUAUUAAUAAAGUUCUACGUUUUAUAAACGUGGAGCAUGGUCCUGAAGUGGUCACGCAUCACUGCCAGGAACUAAAGCUCUCUGAAGCGAAACUCAACAAAAAAAUCACAAUGCUGCUCAAUGAUGCUGGGAGCUUUGCAUGUACAGAUGUAGGAUCUUAAUUUGACCACAGCAGGAAAAUAAUCCUGUAGCAACAGGAAAUGUGAAUUGUGUGGAUUAUAAUUAAUGGACAUUUUUGUAGGGGUUGAUACGUUUUUAGUUAGGACAAAUCAUAUGAUGAAAAACGCAUCAUACUGUGUUUUGACAGUUCUAGAUCUUGAAAACUUGAUCGCGGAAAUACAAAACAUUUUGGGAAUGUAUCAAAUGUGGCUUAAUGAAACUAAUACUAAAACAGUUUUCUUAGUGAUAUUUUCCUUUAACGAUGCAGGAUAGAAACGUAAUGGCAUUGAAUGCAGAGAAAUGGGCAGCAUAAGCAAGUUUCAGAAUAAGGAAACACAUUUCAAAAAACGCUCUUGUCUGUGAUGAACACUUACACAUGGGAAUCCAUGAAUAUGUAAUAUCCUUAUUGGAGAGUCCGAUGUACGUAAUGAUGGUGUCAUAAUAGUCGCAUAUCUGUCUGGUUUUGACUUGCAGAUGACAUCCUGGUUUUUCUGGGCUUCGGAGGAGAAACGGUAACAAUUGGACGAAUCAAGUUGAGUCAAGUCCAUUUAAUUUCCCACGAGAACAGGAGAAUGUUGUUUUUAUUGAAAUCUGAAAGCACUUUUCGACAGAUUAUUUUAUAUCCUUGCUUUUCACAGAGAAAUAGAGCACUAGCAUAGCAGCUACCUUGGCUCAAAUAUCACAAACUGAUGUAUUCGCUUCUCUUGAAUGUGGUAAAAGCCAUGGGCUGAAUGUGUUUUAUUUUCAAAGUGUCCCUCAGACCAUGUUGCCAUUUACUCAUAUUGCAUUCGUUGUUCCUUCACAUAUAAUUCUACACAUAAGGGAAACAUGCCUUGGAUUGCCGUUUUCCUCAGAUCAGAUUGGCCAUGGUGACUAGCAAUGCAGCAUUUAAAAAAAAUAAUAAUAAUCCUUUAGAUAAAAGGCCCACCCCAGUUUUGGAUAAUAUCUACAAAUAUUUUGUAUACAGUAUUCUAAGGAGAUCCACUUUGGUUGCUCGCCUAAUUUGAUUUUUUUUAAAUUGUGGAAGGACAGACAACACACUAACUCAUGAGGUAAACUUUUGCCCGUUAUGGUAGUCCUUAAAUGUUACCGUGUUUCGUAUUCAUUUUCGAUACGCCACCAUCUUUUUAAAUGCAGAAUGGUAUGCAUCUGAACACAUCCAACUUGUGUUACGUUAUUAUUCUAGCAAUUUGCACUGGGAUGGAAUCUCUUCUCUUGAGAAUGCACCAUGUACAGUAGGUUGUGAUCUACCGUUUGUUUCAGAAUGCGUUCUCGUGCUUUUAAGACGUGUUGCAGUGCUGAAUGUAUUCCUUAUGGUGCUCACUGCAACCAAAACCUAUCUUCAGCGUUAAUGCUCAAAUCUAUCACAUAUCAAAGACCUUACUGACGCAUAGUCACCAACCCUUGUUGUAUGUAUUGAUACUGUAUUCACCAUUUGCUCAAAUGGAGCUCUCUGCUCAUGCACGGAGUCACUAGGAUGUCUUCUUCUCCUGAGCCUAUACAGCCACUCUAUGAAAGGCAGUCUGUCGACCGGCGUAGUUGUACAAACAAAGUGUUGCCUACAGUUCAUUGUAUGCUUGUUACAUAUCGACAAGGUAGUGGAGUGCAAUGUUACAUAUCAAAAACCCUCUCAUAUUUUUUUUUCUUUCUAAGAAUAAUUACCUGGGGCACUAGCCAAUUAAAGAAUACUUACCUGUGGCACUAUCCAAUCAAAUAAUUGUUACCUGGGGUACUAUUCAAUCAAAGAAUACUUACCUGGGGCACUAUUCAAUCAAAGAAUACUUACCUGGGGUACUAUUCAAUCAAAGCAGGUUUCUUGAAAAAGUCAACAUGCUUUUUCUUGCAUUUUAAUAAUGCACAAUUAGAUUAAAGCACUCCACAACACGAAGGGUUUCAAUGUGAUAUGAAAGAAACUAAAACUGCAUAUAAAGUCAAACAUACUUUCUUGCUGUGCAGGAUGAAUCAUGUUUUUGGACCCACACAGGUAACCCAGAAAAUGGUUUUGAGCCUUUGGUUGUGUUUGGGAGAAGAUCACAAUUCCCCCUCUCCCUCAAAUCAAGCCCUCAAGAUCUCCCAUCCUUGUCAGACACUCCUUGAUAAAUUGCUGUUGUGUCCUUUGCCUUUGCAGUGGGGAUUUGUAAUGGUCUCUAUGUAAGUCUUUGUGUUACUGCAAUCUCCCUUCCACACGUGAUUGUUUUUCUUAUAGAGAUAGAAUGUAUAGAGUGAAUCUCCUCUUUUCCAUUACUGGUCCUAGUGGCCCUUUGUCCAAUGUAACUAGGCCUACUUCACUUUUUAUUUGACUAGGCAAGUCAGUUAAGAACAAAUUCUUAUUUUCAAUGACAGCCUAGGAAGAGUGGGUUAACUGCCUUGUUCAGGGGCAGAAUGACAGAUUUUUACCUUGCCAGCUCGGGGAUUUGAUCUUGCAACCUUCUGGUUACUAGUCCAACACUCUAACCACUAGGCUACCUGCCUCCCCAUAGCAGUUUCAUUGUUUUUAUGUAGACGAUGUUGGAGGUGUAACUGCGUUGGCGCUGUCAAAUCAGCCAAUGGCCCCCGGGCGUUAUACCGAUCGUGGACAUUGCCAUUGGAUGCACCGUGUCGCAUUAGUAAUAAUCCCAUGUAGCCUUUUUACAAAUUUGAAUACUGGAAUGUGUGUUGUAAUCUACACCUCAAUUAGGCUGAUAGAAAUCCGUAUUAUUCCAUAAUAUGAUUUAAAAUUUGAGUCAUUAUUACUAUAUAGCCUACGCUUCUCAUUAUGAACUUUAACGCCAAUGGGACUGGUGUGGCUUCUUGACAAUGACCACAUGAACCACUGCUCACCGGUUUGCCAGUUCUGAUACAGUUACACCUCCGACUAGGCCAAAACACCAACUAUGCAGUGUUGAUCUGAUUUAAAUCUAGGCCCUCGUCUUCUGCCUUUUUUCUCAGUCCUCCAUCAUCUCUGUCUCUCCCUCUCCACCACUCGCUCUAUCUCCCGAGGUUGUGAAUGGUAACGAGGUUGUGAAUGGUAAUGAGGUUGUGAAUGGUAACUUAACGGUUCACCUUUUGUGUCACAAAACGCCUUUGUACUGUCCGCAUGUGCACUAAAAGUUGACAAUUGGUCAUUUGGAUUGUACAAUGGUACUUGUGUGUUUUCUAAUGUAAUUUAACUAAAUGGUCAAUGGUACUUCACCUGUUUUUACUCCUUUUUUUUUUUUUUGCCAAUUCUGUAGUUUUCAUUACAUACAGUUUCCCUGAAGGGAUUAUCUAACGUAGACUUUUGUAAUGUAUGUAUUUAUCCAAAUAUUGUUUGGGAUAUCAGUAUUGUAAUGGAAUAUGUGAAUACAUGGUUAUCACAACAAUAUAUCUGCUGGUACUGUCAAAUAAACUGCACAUUUCUUGACAUUUUG